ACAGUAAUAAGAAUAGUUUAUUGAGCAAAGAAGCUGAAACAAACUACUAUAAUGAUUUACAAGAAAGAGGUAGCUCUAAGAACAAGAACUCUGAGAAACUAGCAUCUAAACAGUGGUCUAGUUUAAUACUCU